AAAAAGUCAACAUUUCAAGCGAAUCGAAUACAUAGUCUCAUCAAACAAACAAAUCGACUGAGCGAAGACCUAACGAAAGACUUGGGGCAUCGUUUCCCAUGGAAUCAGGACCUACUCCUCCAGAGCCUAUUACCAGUACCCCACCGCCAUCAUCAAGCUCACCAGACACGAAGAAGACAAGUCGAAUACGAUCUCAAUGGAACCGGUUGUCAUCAUCUCGAAUAGGUCAAGGUGCUAGACUCACCUAUACGUGGAGGCGGCCUAUCCUCUUUGGUGUAGGUGUGAGCGUAUUUAUUGGUCGUUACUAUUAUUCAAAAUAUCAAGCCGCUAAGCGUGACUUCAUUCAACCAGAUACUUAUUUGGUUUGGAGGUUAUAUGAUGGUGCUGUUGUGGAGUACCCAUCCAACCAAACUAAUCUGAGCAUGCUCCUGGGCUCGAGCGGCGAGGGAUCUGAGCCUCCAAGAGUUAUGACGUUAUAUGAUGCAGUCAGGACGCUCCAGUUCGUCCAAGCUGAUGAUCGAAUCAUAGGACUAAUAGCCGACAUGUCAUCCACCAAUGCACCUACCGUUAGCCAAAAUAUUCCAUUAGGUCUUGCACAAAUUGAAGAAUUACAGGAAGCUUUGAAUGAGUUGAAGGCAGAAAAAGAAAGACGUCUAGGAGCUGGAAAGUUCAAGACGAUAGCCUUUACUGAGACUUUCAGAAGCCAGGCUGAGUAUGCUAUGGCUAGUGGGUUUGAUGAGAUUUAUUGUCAACCUAGCGGAGAAAUCCCUUUGGUCGGAAUCAAUAGUACCGUCACCUUUUACUCACGUUUACUGAAUUGGCUUGGAAUCAAAGUUCAUGCAGAGGCUAGGACUGAUUACAAAUCCAUGACACCGCAAGCUGAGAAUCACUCCGAACUAUUAGAAGACCUUAACAGAAAUAUGUUAUCGUUGAUUGCAAUGAACCGAUUCCGGAAUGAGCUAUCUGAACAGCGCCCAAGAGACCCAAAAGAGAUGGGAAGCCUAACAGAGAGGAUGAAAACAUAUAGUAAAAAAGGUCCUUUGAUGGCUCAUGAAGCUAUCGAAAUGGGUUUAAUCUCUGGAACUACUUAUAAAGAAGAAUUAUUUGAAAAAGUCAUGUUUGGUAAAGAUGCUGUGGUAGUAGAUGAACUUGGUGAAGUUUUACAAGGAAUCGAUAAGAUUAAUGCGAUCAAAGACGAAAUCAAAAAGAAAACCAAAGGUUUCUUUCAUUAUCACCGAAUAAUGGAUCGGAUCUCACAGCGGAAAUUUAAGGACGAAGUACUGAAUGUUGGGGUCGUAUAUGUCCUAGGGACAAUUGGGGAUGUCGGAGAAUUCGGGACUGGAGCAAUUGUCAAAGGUCUGAAGGAAGCUGCCGAAGACGAUAGCAUUGGUGCUGUUGUCCUGAGGAUUGAUAGUGGUGGGGGUGGAGUAGUUGAGAGUGAUACGAUUUGGGGGGCUGUAAAGGAGCUCAGAUCAAGAGGCAAACCGGUGAUUGCCAGUUUUGGAAAUGCGGCGGCCAGUGGCGGGUAUCUUAUCGCUACCCAUGCUGAUAGCAUCUUUGCAAUGCCAUCUACCAUCACUGGUUCGAUUGGAGUGGCAUCUCUCAGGCCCACUAUCAUGCCAUCCUUUUUCGAGCGGUUAAAGCUUACCACACAGUCCUUCUUCACCGGUUCACAGGCUCUCUCGAUUUACCAUGAAUUAGGAGACGAAGCCAUGAGUCGACACAAGACACACAUCGAUUUGGCUUACGCAGACUUCAAAGGUCGAGUUUGUGAUGGUCGUCAAAUCUCGACAGAGUUGAUCGAGAAAUUGGCUGGUGGUCGAGUCUACACAGGUUUAAAGGCAUGGACUCUGGCUGAGGACUCACAUCGACAAGUCACAGAGGAGAAGCAGCAGUCAGAAACUCUAGCAGUCGAGCCUAAGCAGGAGUCGGACGUUAACUCGGUUUCAAAUGUGGAUGCUGUGACAAAUCUUGACUCUGCUGAUAACCAGCCCCAUAUCGAUAUCAAACAUCCAACAUCAUUGAUACCUCCGGACAGCGAAUUACUAGCCUCAUCUGUGGAUCGACUGUCAGAAGGAUCAGCGAGCUCGGAGACCUCUGAUAUUCAGAACGGAGAGCCUGCUGAACCUGGACCACUUGGUCGCGGAAUCAUCGAUGGGAUCGGUGGUAUUCGAGACGCGGCUAUCCAUGGUGUUGAACUUUACUUGGCGAGAUUAUUAAGUACGAAACAAGAUAUGGAACCAGAUAAAUCUCCAGCCGAAAUCCUACAAGACCUUUUACCAGGAGUUCCAUACAAAACUAAUGAAGAAGGUCAUCUGAUGAUGUCAUUUGAUAUUCGUUUGAAGAAAUUUCCUGUUCAUAAAUCAUUCUGGGAACAACUUAGUGCUGCUUCUAAAAAAGGAGAUGGUAUUGAACUCUCGAUGGGAUCAUUAAGUGCGACUGUGAAGCAUGCAUUUGUGAAUUGGAUGGCUGGAGCAGUUUUACAAGCUGUUGAAACUGAAGGAUUAGAUAUGUUUGGUAUGCAAGCAUCAGAUCUCAGACAAUUGAAAAAGUUAAUGAAAGAUUCAAGACAAGAUGGAAAAUCAAGUUCGAUCAGAGCUGAAUUACCACCUUUUACUUUUCAAUGAUUGAUUACUUAUGACAAUGAAUGAUUUGAUUAAUCAUUGAAGAGUUUUUUGUUUGUUAGAUUGCAUUGGUUUCGCAAAGUUUGAUUAUGUAAACUCGCCUUCGUACAUCUUUCUUCUUGGUUGAAGAACAAACCUAGAAAACUUUGAAUUCUCAGAUGUCUUUUUUUGAUGAUGAGCUUGUUCUUCUUGUUCAUAUAGACUUGAGCUAUUAUUAGUCUUUCAAAAAUUAGUAAUUCUAUUUACCCCUUCUCUGCAGUGUAAGCAAUUGAAAAUCAGUUGAGUUUUCUG